AUGCAUGAACCUCGCGGAACGUUCACACAUGGCGACUAUACUGUUGGCUGGAUAUGUGCUUUACCUGAAUCCGAGCUAGUGGCUGCCAUGGCCAUGUUGGACGAAAAGCAUCCCGUUCUUCCGACAAUUGAUCCACAUGAUUCGAAUUCCUACGUCCUUGGGCGAAUUGGCGACCAUAAUGUCGUGAUUGCCUGCUUGCCAGCAGAAACAACGGGCAGAGUGUCUGCCGCUACUGUUGCAAAAGACAUGAUUCGCAGUUUCUCAGCUGUUAGAUUCGGGCUCAUGGUCGGGAUUGGUGGUGGGGCGCCAUAUUAUGGCCCCAGGAGAAAUAAUGAUCUCGGCACAAAUAAAGAGGAGGAGGAUUCCGAAGACACUGAAGAGUCCGACGAUAAUCAAGAGGAUCUGCGAGACAUACGACUUGGGGACGUGGUCAUAAGCCUCCACUCCAAGUCUUCAGACGCUGUUGUGCAGUACGAUUUCGGGAAGUCGUUGCAGGAAAGGGAGUUUAUACUUAGCGGUGGCAAACUGAACAAACCCCCAAGCAUUGUUCUGAGCGCCGUUGCUCACCUCAAGGCACAGCAUGAGAUGGAAGGGCAUCAAAUUCUCAAAACACUAUCGACUAUCAUGUCAAAUUAUCCGGCGCUCGCGACAAAGUUCCAGCAUCCAGGGUCUCGGAAGGACUACCUCUUUAAGCCAGGAUAUCUUCACGAGGCGGGGAAGAAGACGUGUAAGUCUUGUCGCAGCCUGGAAAGCAACUUCGUGAAGAGGGAUAAUCGACCCGAUGACUCUCCACGAUUACAUUACGGAACCAUUGGGUCAGCGGACCAAGUGAUGAAGGACGCACUCCUAAGAGAUAAAUGGGCAAGUGAAGAAAGCAUUAUCUGCUUUGAAAUGGAAGCUGCCGGUUAG